GGAGCUCUUUCCCUUUGUGAGGUAGGAAAAUCCGCACUAGAGUUGUCUACCGUGGCAGGUGCUCUGAGCAGACGACGAAGCGCAGUAAAAUGGAGGACAUUUGCGACAAGAAAUCGAGGAAGAGAAACUUUUCGGCCACAGAAGUCAAAAUUCUUACUGAAGAAGUUGGCAGCAAUUCAGAUGUGUUGUUUUCAUCGUUUUCUUCUUGCAUCACCAACAAUCGGAAGAAGAAGAUAUGGGAGGAUAUUCUGACAAAGAUCAACGCCAAUAACACGGAGGUAAGGACUGUGCCUCAGCUGAAAAAGAAAUGGCAGGACCUCAGGGCUGCAGCCAAGAAGAAGGAGGUGACAAGGAGGAAGGAGAUUGUGAGAACUGGUUGA